CUCUCACAUUUCCCACAAUGCUGUGCGGUGUGCAGCCUAACAUGGCGAAUGUUGCUGCUGUUUUUAUCAGGGCCUUGGAUAUAUGAUACCAAAACACAACACGAAGAUGGAAACUGUUUAAUGUCUGUUGGAUUAAGAGGCAUCUACAAAAAAGGGUACUCAGUGCAGUCCUGGUGGCGCAGAUACAUAGAUAUUCACUGAGCUGAGGGAGCCAUGGAGGACAGCGUGAGCCCCAGGAAAGCGGUCAGACCCUCCCGCGGGGAUGCCAGAGGGGGGAAAACUCCAUCCUCCAAACCUGCGAAAGAAACCUCCCUCCCGAAGGGCCAGGACUGCGCCAGGACCGCCAACAGGAGCGCCGGCCAGGGCAGAGCCCCAGCGCACGACGAGCAGCUGCGGGACGCGAGCCGGCAGAGCGGGCACGGAGCCGGCAGGCCACCGGGAGCCCACGACCCGUCGCGCGCCAGGCCCCGCAGGCUGAGCGGCAGGACCAGCCCCGGGGAGCGGGCGAAGCCCAGGCCCGCAAGGCCGCACCAGCAGCAGCCGGACGCCCCCGAGCCCUCCCAGGGGCCAGACGCAGCCGGGGCCAAGGCGGCGGCUCCCCCGCUCAGGCCUGGAACAGAGAAACCCCGUGCGGAGCGGCCCCAGAACAGCACGGCUGACAGCCAGAGUGCCAGGGCCACCUCUGACCUGAAGGACUCCCCUGGUGAGGACGUGGGAGGGCGCGCCCCGGAGUCCGUGGCAGCGACCGGACCCGAGGAGGCGGUGGACGAGCAGGCUCUGACCUCCGAACAACAGCUGGGCCUGAAGCAGGCGGAGGAGCGGCUCGUCAGGGACUACAUCCACCGUCUCCUUAAGCGCUCUCUGGAGUACCCCAAUUUCCAGUACCUAUGCACUCUCUGCUCGGUGCACAUGGAGAACAUCCAGGGCGCCCACAAACACAUCAAGGAGAAGAGGCACAAGAAGAACAUCAUGGAGAAGCAGGAGGAGAACGAGCUGCGCGCCCUGCCCCCGCCCUCGCCGGCCCAGCUGCGGGCCGUGGACGCCGCGGUGAUGGCGGCCGUCCACCAGCAGGGCAUCUCCGAGGACGACUGCCUGCUGCGACAGGACAUCGUCAGCAGGAUGGAGAAGAUCAUCCAGCAGCAGCUCUCAGCAUGCUCUCUGCGGCUGUACGGAUCCUGCCUCACAAAGUUUGCCUUCAAAACCAGCGACGUCAACAUCGACGUGGCAUACCCCUGCAACAUGACUCAACCUGAUGUUUUGAUACAAGUACUGGAAAUCUUGAAAAACAGCUCUCAAUUCACAGAAGUGGAAUCUGAUUUCCAUGCAAAAGUUCCAGUUGUCUUCUGUAGGGAUGCCAGCAGUGGUCUGCUGUGUAAAGUGAGCGCGGGCAAUGAUGUCGCCUGUCUGACCACAGACCUCCUGGCAGCGCUGGGCAAGCUGGAGCCCAGGCUUGUUCCCCUGGUUUUAGCCUUCCGCUACUGGGCAAAGCUCUGCCACAUUGAUUGCCAGGCGGAGGGCGGAAUCCCCUCCUACUCCUUUGCCCUGAUGGUGGUUUUCUUCCUGCAGCAGCGGAAAGAGCCCAUUCUCCCUGUGUACCUGGGCUCCUGGAUCGAGGGCUUUGACGUGAAGCGGGUGGAUGAGUACCACCUGACAGGGGUGAAGGUUCGCGGCGCGUUCGUGGGCUGGGAGCACAAGCCGCCCCCGAGCGGGGAGGGCAGGACCGAUGGCAAGGCCAAGGCGGAGCCGAAGAAGCCGGUGGGCCGGAAGAGCGAGACGGGGGAGGGGAGCGGCUGGCCCGGCAAGGCCUCUGAGGGACUGACGCGGCUGACGGACCCGGGGGCGGGGCCGGGCGUGUGCCUGGGCCAGCUGUGGCUGGAGCUGCUGCGCUUCUACACGCUGGAGUUCUCCCUGGAGGAGCACAUCAUCAGCAUCCGCCUGCGCGAGCUGCUCUCCCGCGAGGCCAAGAGCUGGCCCCGCCGCCGGCUGGCCAUCGAGGACCCGUUUGCCCUGAAGAGGAACGUAGCGCGUAGUCUGAACAGCCAGAUGGUGUUUGAGUACAUCCAGGAGCGUUUCCGCACUGCCUACAAGUACUUCGCCUGCCCGCAGAGCAAGGACCGGCUUGCUAGGGGGCGCCAGAGAGGCAAGAAGGCCUCAACCAAAGGCGGCGCGGCGAAGGUGGAGGGGAUCCUGGGAGAGGCUGAGGGAGGGGCACAGGAUCAGGAGGACACCGACCCUGGUGUCCAGGAGACCGAGGAAGAGGAGGCGAGCGAGGAAGAGGAGGACGAUGGCGACGACGAGGCGGAAUCGAACGAGGACGACCCGAGCGUUCCAGGCAGGCCUGACAGGAGCCCCGCCCAGGCAAGCCCCGGAUCUCCAGCAAGGGACCGCCCCUCCUGCGGCUCCUCCCCUUCCACCUUACCCGCCCCUCAGGGCACGGCUGUGGAGAACGGGUUGCUGGGAAGCGAGGAAGAGGAGGAGGAAGAGCGGCCAGCCAGGCGAGAUGUGGUGGAAAUAGCGCCUGAGGCACUGCACUACAUCUUUGACCGAAUGAUCUUCACCGGAGGAAAGCCCCCCACAGUGGUGUGCAGUAUCUGCAAACGGGACGGCCACCUGAAGGACGAGUGUCCCGAGGACUUCAAGAAGAUCGAGCUGAAGCCACUGCCACCCAUGACCGACCACUUCCGCCAAAUCCUGGACGGGCUCUGCCGCCUGUGCUACAAUGAGCUGUCCCCUCUGCCAGUGGAGCAGCAGAAGAGGGAGCAGAUUUUAGCCAGUUUGGAAAGGUUCAUCAGAAAAGAGUACAAUGAGAAGGCGCGGCUCUGUCUGUUCGGCUCCUCCAAGAACGGCUUCGGUUUCCGCGACAGCGACCUGGACAUCUGCAUGACCCUGGAAGGUCACGACACUGCGGAGAAACUGAACUGUAAGGAGAUUAUUGAAGGACUGGCCAAGGUGCUGAAGAAGCAUACAGGUUUAAGGAAUAUCUUGCCUAUUACGACGGCUAAAGUGCCUAUCGUCAAAUUUGAACACAGACAAAGUGGACUGGAAGGAGAUAUUAGCUUGUACAACACUCUGGCACAGCACAACACCAGAAUGCUGGCUACAUACGCUGCUAUUGACCCCCGUGUGCAAUUCCUGGGCUAUACAAUGAAAGUCUUUGCUAAGCGCUGUGAUAUCGGGGACGCGUCGCGGGGAAGCUUGUCCUCCUACGCCUACAUCCUGAUGGUGCUGUACUUCCUGCAGCAAAGGCGCCCGCCCGUCAUCCCCGUACUCCAGGAGAUAUUUGAUGGGAAGACUGUUCCUCAGAAGAUGGUUGACGGCUGGAACGCCUUCUUCUUUGACGACAUUGAGGAACUGAGGAGGCGUAUUCCGGAGCUGGGGAGGAACUGCGAGUCGGUGGGCGAGCUGUGGCUGGGCCUGCUGCGCUUCUACACCGAGGAGUUUGACUUCAAGGAGCACGUCAUCAGCAUCCGCCAGAGGAAGCGCCUCACCACCUUCGAGAAGCAGUGGACCUCCAAGUGCAUCGCCAUCGAGGACCCCUUCGACUUGAACCACAAUCUGGGAGCUGGAGUUUCCCGAAAAAUGACGAAUUUCAUCAUGAAGGCAUUCAUCAACGGGAGGAAGCUGUUUGGAACACCGUUCUACCCUCAGCCCGGACUGGAGGCGGACUACUUCUUUGACUCCAAGGUUCUGACGGAUGGCGAGCUGGCUCCCAACGACAGGUGCUGCCGGAUCUGCGGGAAGAUCGGGCACUACAUGAAGGACUGCCCCAAGAGACGCAGGAUUAAGAAGAAGGAGAACGACAAGGAGGAGGACGUGAAGGAGGAGGAGCGGGAACCGCGGGAGCGGCGCUGUUUCCAGUGCGGGGACACGGGCCACGUGCGCCGGGACUGCCCCGAGUACCGCCAGCUCCGCCAGAAGAGCGUGGCAGGCCCAGUCCCUCAGAUGGUGCGCACCAUAGUGAGCUCUCAGUCCAUUCCAGUCCCCCAGGCGGGUGUGGUCCCACAGGAUCGUUCUGGAAGGAUCCGGCAGUCCUCUGAGUGUUCAGACAUGCGGCAGACUCCGCCCUACUCCCCGCAGGCCACACCCUUUAGCCAGGGCUCCUCCCAACCCUCCAGCUCUCCCCAGACGUCCCACAUCAAGGCCCCGGGGCCCCACAAGACCGUGCCCCAGGCCCCCGUCCCCGUCCAGGCCCCGCACCCCCAGGUCCAGCUCCCGCUCUUCAACUUCCCCCACCCGGGGCAGUACCACCCGGGGCUGCCGGCCCUGAGCAUGCACCACCCCGCCUCCCUGGCCUCCACCUCCUGGCCAAUCCACGGCCCCGUCAUCCAGACCACCGCCGCCUCGGGGCCCCACCCCUCCCCACCCGGCCUGGGGUUCCCCAUGGGCUCCGCCCCGGCCAACGGCAACGGCGCCGGUUCCCCCGGCAACCCCAGCCCCAUGGGCCUGAAUGAUCCCAGCAUCAUUUUUGCCCAGCCGGCCGGGAGGGACGGGCACUGGCACAACCACCUAGCGCCGGGGGCACUGGUGGGGAACGGCACUCCGGGGAAGACAGACCAAGGCUACCAAGGGCAGUUUGGGAAAAUGACCCCGGCCUGGGAGCAGGGCGGCCGCGCUCCGUUCUCCCUGCCCCCCUCCUGGUCCUACCGAAUGCCCCAAGGCCUCCUGCAGCAGGGCAGUGGGCCCUUCCAGCAGAACAAGCCCUUCAUCUCACAAGGGUCCAUGAUGCACAAUAAUCAACAUUUUCCCCUCCUCCCCCACGGACGGCACGUCAGUCUCAACUACAUCCAACAGAAGAAAUGAAACCCCCCCCCGUACCUAUUUUAUUUUCCACGUGUUGAAGGUCUCAUUCAAACAAAAAGGAAAUAUAUUUUAACUUCACAUCAUUUGGCCAUAAAGACACAAGUUUUUAAAACAAAUGUAUAAUUUUUGUACAGUUUUUACUUUUUGUGUCAUCACAUUGAUUUGUGAUACAAAUGUCAAAUAUUUUAAUGCCCCCAUUUUUGAAGGGGUCCAAAAAGUGUUUUUUUAUUUGUAAAGGAAGGAUUAAAUAUGUAUUCCUUUAUUUUGAUUAGCUGUACUUAUACUUUGCUUGCUGAAGGACAAAGGCUUUGAGUAGAGGUAUGUUUUUAAAAGAAACAUACAACCCUAAUCACAUAAUUAUGUAGUGUUGGAAAAAGUCCCUAAAAA